AUGAGCAGUGAUAGUGAUAAUAAAUUAACGAAUUUUCAAAAAAAGAGAUUGGAAAAUAUAAAGAGAAAUAAUGAACUCUUACAAAAAUUAAAUUUGUCAAAAUUAUCCAAUUCAAUCAAGCCAAAAGAUGUUAAGAUUCAUGAAAGGAAGAGUAACGGUUCUAAGAUCAAGAGUGCCAAGAGAAGGAAGCUCGAAGAAUUAAAACCAGAACGAUUACCAACAAGAAGAUCGCGUAGAUUACAAGGUCAAACUGCAGAACCAUCACCAGAAUUACCUACAUCCUUGGAUAAUAUCAGUGUUAAGCCAGAAGUAGAGGAUGUUAAGAUUCUUGGUGACCUUAAACUUUCUGAUUUAGUUAAAGAUGAAGAACAAAUGAGUAAGAUGGCAAAUUUGAAAGUGUCUAGUGGUGAUUUCUUUAAUGAGCUACGUAAUGUCCAGACACAAUCGUCUGAUGUCAAAGAAGAAGUUAAAAUAUUUGAUAAGAUGGAAAUGUGGCAAGAUAAAGUCAUCUAUGAGAGAAUAUCUAGUCUUUUUAUCCAUCCUUCCAAGGAAAAAUUUGUUAUGAUAGCAGGUGAUAUUUCAGGUAAUGUUGGUCUUUGGAAUAAAGAUAUCAGUAAAGAAUUGGAACCAGAAGAAGAUGAAGAUAUUUUUCGUUUUCAAUUAUUUAGUAAAAAUGUGAGUAGAAUAGAUUGUUUCCCAACAAAGAUGGAAAAAUUGAUUCUUGCAUCUUAUGAUGGGUUUAUUAGGUCACUUGAUUUAAAUAACCAAAAGAGUGAUGAAUUGUUACAAAUUAAGGAUCCAUAUGAUGAUUUUUUGGGUGUCAGUGAUUGUCAAUUCAGUUAUAGUGAUCCAAAUGUAUUAUAUUUGACUACAUUAUCGGGGGAAUUUGCUUUAUGUGAUAUGAGAGAGGAUUUGAAGAAACAAUCUUUAAAACUGAAAAGGUUAGCCGACAAGAAAAUAGGUUCAAUGGCAAUCAAUCCUAAAAACACUAAUCAAAUUGCAACAGGUUCUUUGGAUAGAACCAUGAAAUUAUGGGAUAUCAGAAAAUUGGUAGAUAAGCCAGAUUGGUCUCAGUAUGAAGAUUAUCCAAGUCAUGAUAUUGUUGCUACAUAUGAUUCAAGAUUGAGCAUCUCUGGUGUGUCGUAUUCUCCAACGGAUGAAACUUUAGUCUGUAAUGGAUACGAUGAUACAAUCAGAUUAUUUGAUGUUAAAGAGUCUUCUUUAACUGAAGAUUUACAACCAAAAUUGACUAUGAAACAUAAUUGUCAAACUGGUAGAUGGACAAGUAUCUUAAAGGCAAGGUUCAAGGCGAACAAGAACAUUUUUGCCAUUGCAAAUAUGAGUAGAGCCGUUGAUGUGUAUACAAGUGAAGGUCAGCAAUUAGCUCAUAUGGCCACCCCUACAGUUCCAGCUGUGAUCAGUUGGCAUCCAACUCUUGACACCAUCGUUGGUGGGAACUCCAGUGGUAAAGUCUUCCUAUUCUCCGAACCAGCCAUCAAGAAGGAGGAAGAAGUAUAG